GUGCGUCGGUAAAUAAAACAUUUCUAUUUUUCUAUUUUUAUUUCUGGAAAAGGUAGGAUGUACAUAGAAAGAGACAUAAUGGCUGCUCCCAUAAGUUGACAUCGAUUUUUGUUUAUUUAUUUAUUUUAGUUUGUUUGACUAGUUUCAUAUUUCUCUUUGUCUUCUUACAUGAAUGAAAAAUGCUGAAAGAACUGUGUAACGGAACUGAAAGCUCCAAAUGUGUUUUAAUACAAGAUGGUGCUGAACAGUGUGGAAGAACAGUAUUCCUUACUUUCAUCACAGGCUUGUUACAGAGAGUCGACCGUGUUGUUUUGUUCUGUUGGGAGAAGCCAGCAAGUUAUUACAGAGCACGGAUCACAUCAAAGCUCUCAGACCGAGUUGACCUUAUCGACUGUACAGAAGACCCAGUCAGUUGGCUGGACUUAGAUUCUCCGACGGUCGACAGCAAUCUGACGGAUCUGGUCCGUGAACGUCUGACGGCGGCUGACAAGAAGUGUGUGGUGGCUAUAGACAGUCUUUCCUUUCUUCUACUACACCGAGGUGCUCCGUACACCUGUCAGGCGUUACACACACUGAAAUCGUGCAAGUCGGCAACAGGGUGUGUGGUAGAACAGGUGAUCUCAUUGGUACAUGGCAACCUUCACAAUGACCAUGACCUCCGUAAGUUGGAGCACGUCUCAAGCAGUGUGGUUCGCGUGACGUCACCACCUGACCAGCAGCACGACAUGUUCUGUAGCGUUGUACAUCGGCGAAUCUCGGGGAAAGUCAUCAAAACUACUGAGUUGGUAAAGCUAGAUGGUCUAAAUAUUCUCAGUACCCAGAACUGGCAACAUGAUUCAGUGAAGAGAUCACCCGAACAAGCGGAAUCGAUUGAUCCCGCAGCAAAUUUGACCUUCAACUUGACGUUGUCCGAGAAUGAGAAGGAGGCAAGGAGACAGCUUGUGUUGCCGUACACCAAAGAACAAAGAAGACAACCUCGGAUACAGAGUUCUGUGUCAAGCAUGAUCUACUACGAACCAGACAAAGCAGAUGACUUUGAUGAGGAAGAUCCUGACGAUGAUUUGGAUAUUUGAGUCUGAAGUUGAGGUUGAGUCAAGAGGUUGGAUAUUCAAGUCUGCUCAUUGACUCGGUUGUAGCUCUGAGUCAGAGGUUAAAUAUAAGAGACUACACGAUGGUUUUGGUAUAAUUCUGAGCAAGGAGCAGGAUUUAGCUCAGUCGGUUGAGUGCUCGCUUGAGGUGCUUGCGUCGCAGGAUCGAACCACAUUGAUGGAUCCAUUCAACUGAUUGAGGGCAUGAUUUAGCUCAUUCAGUUGAGUACUCGCUUGAGGUGCUUGCGUCGCAGGAUCGAAACAUCUAGGUGGAUCCAUUCAACUCAUUGGGGGUUUCUCAUUCCAACCAGUGCACCACAACUGGAUAAAGACCGUGGUAUGUG